GUUCAACUUGAAUGCAUUUGAUUCGCGCUCAAACUAAUUGUUUAAAACAAUUUGAAAACACGCACGUUUGGUUGCCUACGCAAUUCCCAUAUUUUACUUUCAGCUGCGCGUCAGAAGCAUUCAAACUAAUUCGAACUUGUCUGAAUUGUAUCAUAAUUUAUACAGAAGCUGAAUUUGUGCGUAUCUAACGCUUGUAACUUCUUGCAUCGAAAGCAAAUGCGUUUUGUUUAUAUGCGGCGUAUGCAACCAUCGGUGCGGCUCUCUCCUAACCUCAACUCUAUCUCUCUCUGUACGCGAACGUCAGUGUCAAAUGUUUUCGUUAUUUUCGUAACGUCGUUAAAUACAAAUAUUUUUACCACAUCACAACAAGAAAUUCGAAAAUCGAAUAAAGAUUUUUAAAAUGUGUUUUUAGUCACUCGCGAAACUCUUCGCACCAUCAGUGUCCGAAAUGCUGCAGUGCGCAAAGCAGGUUGGCAGGAGGAAUGGCACUUCCUUCCUCACCUUUGGGGAGUUCUGCAUAUAUGUGCGGGAGAUGCAGAGGACCAAAACAAUCAGGAAGUUGCCCACCCAGAGAGCCAACAACAAAAAUGCUAUCAGCAAUUGUGAGGUCUUCUUGGGCGGCUCCUGCAAUCCAACCACAUGGAGGACUGACACAGCAAUACCUGAGUUAAAGAAGCAUGGCAUCACUUAUUACAAUCCACAAGUGUCUAUGUGGGCGCCGGAACUGGUUGCCAAGGAGCACGACGCCAAGCAGAAAGCGUCGCUGCUGCUGUACGUGGUAGAUAGUCAAACGAGGAGCGUGGCGGGAAUGAUCGAAGUAUCAUAUUUGGUGGCAGCUGGAAGGUGCGUCGUGCUGGUAACGCAUCCGUACAGGGAGGGCCAAAGCAUCAUGGACGAACCCAUCACGAACCAGGAAUAUGAGGAUCUGGUGAGCGGACAGACGAGUCUCCUGGCGUUGGUCAAGAGUCAGGGCAUCAAAGUGCACAACAAUUUAACCACGGCCUUACAAUGCACCACGCAUAUCCUGCGUAACGCCACCAUUAACAACGGGAUGUCGGCCGAAGAGCAGAUUACGCAUAAGCUCAGGACACUGAAGGAUGCGUUCGAUUCGGUGGACGCCGACGGAAACGGCGAGAUCAGUCUUGGCAACGUGAUCAACGCCUACUACCGACUGACCAACCGGAUGAUAGACGUCAGCCAAUUGCUGUCGUAUUUGGGCGUGGGCCAGUGCGAUGACUCCGCCCGCACGCGAAUCUCAUUCGAGCAGUUCUGCGCCCUCGUGGCGGAGUUCAGCGCCGACGGCUGCGAGUCGUUCGCCUCCUCCGACGGUAAAUUUUCAACUGCAUUCAAGACCCUUAAAAAAUGCAUAGGUUGGUUCGGAAACCAGAGGAGGCGGAAUCAAGCCGGCAACACCAACGGCAGAAUCAAGGCGGAGCAACAGCAUCACAACCAGUGGUUGGCGCAGGUGUAUCUGGGCGGAUCUUGCGAGACUAGGAACGGCUGGCGCGAGUCCGUCAUCCCGCUGCUGAAGAAGCACGGCGUCACGUACUACAAUCCGGCCAUCAGGGAGUUUGACGGCAUCUCCAAUCUGAACGAGAGCGCUGUUCUGCAUCGCAAGAAGAACAUGGACAAGAGCAAGGUGCUGUUGUUCAACAUCACCGAAGAUACGCGAUCCCUGACGACGAUGAUCCUCGCUGCCCACUACAUCGGCCUGGACAGAAACGUCGUGCUGUGCGUUCAGCAGCUGCCCAUCGACGGGCUCGAGAUUAAAGGCGAAGCGCUAUCCAAGCAGGCCAUCAAGGACUACAAUCGCGGCAGGGUUUACCUGUCCGACUUGGCGAAGCGUAAGCAAGUACCAGUAUUCGAGGACAUCAACGAGGCGAUCAAGUGUGCCAUCGAUCGCAGCCGGUAGUAAUUUUCUUUUCCUUCUAUUCUAAAUCUUUAAAUUAUUUAUUAUUAUUAUUUUUUUUUAUUUUCUUCGCGAACAUAUACACAACAAAACUAAACGAGAUUAUAAAUAUAAUGGUACGCGAAAGUCAAGUGAAAAAAAAAAUAUAGAAAGUAUUAAGCUCUCUCUCGCACGCAGCAAAAAUAAAAAGAAAGAAAGAAGGAAAACGGAGGAAAAACCGAUUCCAAAUUCCGAAAAGAUAUUCGUAAUUUUAUUAUAUUUAAUAAGUUAUUUAAUGUACAUAUUAUAUAUAUUUACUAUUUUUUAUUCCCUCCAAUCGAAAUGAAGAAGCAGAAGAUAAGAGUUUCGCGAAGGGAAACCCCGCCUCUUCGUGCAAGGGUUACGCCCAUUCGAAGGCGGGGUUGUUAAAUCCCUUCGACUAUUGAAAAUAUGAAUCAAACCAAAACAACAAAAAAAAACAACAACAAAAGAGAUCUGUGCAUUUUUUUUA